AUGGCCAUGUUGAAUACUUGCCUCUUCUUCUUCCUUGCUAUCUUGGCCAUGACCCAUAUCUCAUCAGCAUCAUUGAAAGUGAACCACUACCAAUAUACAUGCCCGUCAGCGGAGGCGAUCGUCCGACAAACAGUAAGCAAAGCCAUUAUGCAGAACCCGGGACUUGGCGCCGGCCUAAUUAGGAUGCAUUUCCAUGAUUGCUUUGUUAGGGGCUGUGAUGGUUCGGUCCUACUCGAUUCGACGCCUGGAAACCCUUCUGAGAAACAGCAUCCGGCCAACAAUCCAAGCCUACGUGGAUUCGAAGUGAUCGAUGAAGCAAAGGCUAGGAUUGAGGCUCAAUGCCCACAUACUGUCUCCUGCUCCGACAUCAUUGCCUUUGCGGCUCGUGAUAGUGCCUACAAGCUUGGUGGCAUUGACUAUGCCGUGCCAGCAGGCCGCCGCGAUGGAAGAGUCUCUAUUGAAGCUGAAGUCGGUCAAAAUGUUCCCCCACCUUCCUUCAAUGCCCAGCAACUCAAGGAGAAUUUUGAGAGAAAAGGGUUGUCUCUGGAUGAAAUGGUGACACUCUCUGGGGCCCACUCCAUCGGUGUUUCUCAUUGUUCUUCCUUCGUGAAUCGCCUCUACUCCUUCAAUGCAACACACCCACAAGAUCCUUCAAUGGACCGCAAGUUCGCAGCCUACUUAAAAACCAGGUGUCCCCCUUCAACUACUAGAAACGGUCAAGAUCCUACUGUGCAGCUUGACAUGGCAACACCGAAUCGCCUGGAUAACAAGUACUACCAGAAUUUGAAGCACCAUAGAGGAGUAUUGGAGUCAGAUCAAACACUACUUACUAGCCCCUCAACAUCGAGAAUGGUGAGGAACAAUUUGAAGCAUCAGUCAGCAUGGGCUACAAAAUUUGCAGCGGCCAUGGUGCACAUGGGGUCCAUCGACGUGCUGACCGGCUACCAAGGAGAGAUCAGGAUGAACUGUAGGGCUGUGAACUUUUGAGUCAUUCCAAAGAUUGGAAUUGCUGAAUUUGAAUUGAAAUAUUGUUUACUAUUCUUUCAUUCUUUUGAAUAUAUCUUUGAUUUGUUAAAAGAGAAUCCAAGUGUAAAUUAGUUGGUAAGAUCCACAUGGAGCAUUUGUUUUUCAUGUAAUCCAAGUUGUGUCUUGUUUCUUGUUUUUCUAUGGAAUUGAAU